AUGUCGGACGGCGACGAGCUCGACGACAUACCCACUCUCAUUGAGACUCAGUCCAGUACGAAUGGCCCAGCUGAUGCAGCGGCUCGGACGGUGCCUCUCACGAUCAUCACAGGCUUCUUGGGUGCGGGUAAAUCCACCCUCGUUAGGAGAAUAUUGACCGAACGCCAUGGUUACCGGAUAGCAGUGAUUAUGAAUGAGUUUGGCGACACCGCCGACAUUGAAGCCAAAACCAUCAAUGUGUCUUCUACGGAGGACCCCACCCAGCAGUCGCAGGAGUUCCUGGAGCUCGCAAACGGGUGCUUAUGUUGCAGUAUCAAGGAUACUGGCAUAGCGGCGAUUGAGAGGCUCAUGCAGCGGAAGGGUUCCUUCGACCACAUCCUUCUGGAAACUACAGGGCUAGCGGAUCCAGGUCCUAUCGCCUCUGUAUUCUGGCAAAAUGAAGAGUUCGCCAUGGGGUUGGGUAAGGACAUACAUCUUGACGGAGUGGUAUGUGUGGUUGAUGCUGUCUUCGGACGCAAGCAAAUGAAAGAAGAUCAUGCGGCAGAUAGCAUUGGCGAAAGUCUACGACAAAUUGCUUGCGCCGAUGUGGUACUGUUGAACAAAGUCGACCUUGUUCCUACCGAGGAACUUCAAGCCGUAGAAGACAUUAUUGGUAGCAUCAAUCCCGUGGCAGCAUUUUACAGGACGGUGAAGGGAGAAAUCAACCUAAAGCACAUCAUAGGAAUUGACGCGUACACAUCGCGUUCCGUUCUGCAGAAGUCGUCGCAAACCGAACCGCCGGUCUGUGAGCAUGACCAUCGUCACGAUGGUUCAGCGCUCGACCACGAUCACAGCCGCACACACUACGAGAUCCGUGGAAUAUCUAGCAUGCAGGUGUCGUGCCCGUCACUUAGCCCAUUUCAGAUGGCGAAACUCGAUGAGUGGAUCCGCGCGGUCCUCUGGGAGAACCGGCUCCCUGGACAAUCCUCCGAUGACUCAAAGAAACUGGAAAUUCUGCGCUGCAAGGGUAUGGUUUUUCUUGACUCCGGAAAGAUGUCCGUGCUACAAGGAGUGCGGAACCUGUACGAGUUCGCCGAGGUAGAUACAGAAGAGGAAGCAGACGCAUCAGGUAUUCCAGAUGCGGGCAAGCUGGUGUUCAUUGGAAGGGGCUUAGACGAUAGAGUACGCCAGAACUUAGAAGAUAUCCUGCAGUAG